AUGGACGCCAGAGCUAACGCCAAAGCAGCAGCUAUCAGAAGAACCGGAGGUAAAGGACCAAAGAAGCCAUCCAGCAAGACCGGUGGGGCUGAAAACUUUGCCUUCUUCUCAGGAAGCUCAAACGGAUUUGAAGUAUCUCCAAAAGCAGUACUUGUGAUUUCUUUACUCUAUAUCGGAAUUGUUGUGCUCCUUCACAUCUUCGGUAAGGUCAGCAGCAGUGCUACUGCCUCAGCUUAAGCAGAUAAAGUCAUAAAAUUAUAAUAAGAAAUUCACUCUUUUUAU